UCACUUGGCUAACGUAAAGCAUAUAAAUAUGGGAAAGAGAGAAUGGGGACAUUACUACCAACCAUCUUCAUCCCUCAGAGUGAACUUCUGUCCACCUCUUGCUGCCACCUCUUGGGCCUCAGCCUGCCCACCAUGGCUCUCUGGAUCCGAUCGCUGCCUCUCCUGGCCCUCCUGGCCCUCUCCGGCCCCGGGAGCAGCCACGCAGCUGUCAACCAGCACCUCUGCGGCUCCCACCUGGUGGAAGCUCUGUACCUGGUCUGUGGGGAGCGGGGCUUCUUCUACCAGCCCAAAGCCCGGCGGGAUGUUGAGCAGCCUCUAGUGAGCGGUCCCUUGCAUGGAGAGCUGGGAGAGCUGCCCUUCCAGCAGGAGGAGUUUGAGAAAGUGAAGAGAGGGAUCGUUGAGCAAUGCUGCCACAACACCUGCUCCCUCUACCAGCUGGAAAACUACUGCAAUUAGCGGCAGGGCUGGUGCUGGGGAGCUCACGGGCCGCCGGCAGGAACAGGCACUUAUGCUACUGCACCUUCAAAGCAAUUGAAUAAAUGUUGUGGAUCUAUUGGAAGGA